CUCCUAUUGUCCUAAACUGGUGAUUCAGGCCUUUCAGCCCUUUGCAGAACUUUGGCCCUUUGGAGGCAGGGCAGUCAGCAGGGGGAGGUCUAGCCCCCAGCUCUAUUUCUGAGUGGCUUAACUGGCUCCAACCGCCCAAUCUGCCCUGAUCAGAUGGAAGCGCCCGGGGCUAUUUCCCUGCAGCUGGGAGUCAAUGCACUGUGUGCUCUAAAGCUGCGUCUGCCCUUGGGGCUGCCCACUCCCUCUUCUGAUCCCCCGGGCGGGGGAGAGACCUAUCUAAGCAGGGCCUGGACUACAUCUCCCAGCGUGCCUGGCAGAGUGGUGGCCUCUGUGCGUCGGCUGCACCAGUUGCGGGCAACAAUGCAGUGGGCUGGGAGCAUGAUGUCCCGUCUGCGCUCGUGUCUCCAGGCACUCCCCUCGGCCCUGCGCCGUUCUCUCAGUAGUGCACAGGACGUGAUCCGCAGGACACCACUCUAUGACUUCCACCUGGCCCAUGGCGGGAAGAUGGUGGCAUUCGCAGGCUGGAAUCUGCCUGUGCAGUACCGGGACAGCCACGUUGACUCACACCUGCAUACACGCCGGCACUGCUCGCUCUUUGACGUGUCCCACAUGCUGCAGACCAAGAUAUUUGGCCAUGACCGGGUGAAGCUGAUGGAAAGUCUAGUGGUUGGAGAUAUUGCAGAGCUAAAGCCAAACCAGGGAACACUGUCGCUGUUUACCAAUGAGGCUGGCGGCAUCUUAGAUGACUUGAUUGUGACCAACACCUCUGAGGGACACCUGUAUGUGGUGUCCAAUGCUGGCUGCUGGGAAAAGGACCUGACCCUCAUGCAGGACAAGGUUAGGGAGCUUCAGAACAUGGGCAGCGAUGUGGGCCUGGAGGUGAUGGAUAAUGCCUUGCUAGCCCUGCAAGGUAAGUGGGCCAGGCUGGGUUUGGAGCUGACCUUUGCCUUCCAGGUUUCUUCUACUGCUUGGCACAGAGGCCGCGCUGCGCCGGGGGAAGGCCCCACUGCGGCCCAGGUGCUACAGGCUGGCGUGGCAGAUGAUCUGAGGAAACUGCCCUUCAUGACCAGUGCUGUGAUGGAGGUGUUUGGCGUGUCUGGCUGCCGUGUGACCCGCUGUGGCUACACAGGAGAGGAUGGUGUGGAGAUCUCGGUGCUGGCAGCAGAGGCAGUCCGCCUGGCAACAGCUCUGUUGGAAAACCCAGAGGUGAAGCUGGCAGGGCUGGCGGCCCGGGACAGCCUGCGCCUGGAGGCAGGCCUCUGCCUGUAUGGGAACGACAUUGACGAACACACCACACCUGUGGAAGGCAGCCUCAGUUGGACAUUGGGGAAGCGCCGCCGAGCUGCUAUGGACUUCCCAGGAGCCUCGGUCAUUGUUCCCCAGCUGAAGGGCAAGGUGCAGCGGAGGCGUGUGGGGUUAAUGUGUGAGGGGGCUCCUGUGCGGGCACACAACCCCAUCCUGAGUACAGAGGGUACCGUACUUGGUGCUGUGACCAGUGGCUGCCCCUCACCCUGCCUGAGGAAGAAUGUGGCGAUGGGUUAUGUGCCCUAUGAGUACAGUCGGCCAGGUACCCUGCUGCUUGUAGAGGUGCGGCGAAAGCAGCAGAUGGCCAUGGUCAGCAAGAUGCCCUUUGUGCCCACAAACUAUUAUACCCUUAAGUGAGGAUGACUUGGAGCAGGGCCCUCUCCUCCAGGAGCCUUACCCUGGAGGGCAUUCUACAAGGGGUUAGUCAGGAAGCUGAGGCAGAACACACUUGGGGUAGGUGGCUAGGUGGAGACUGGUACUGGUUGUCUGGGUGACGGGGUCACACCACCUAUUCCCACUUCAUCCUGUGCCACUUGCAACUUCAAGACCCCAUUUCUGAGUGACGGACCAGCCCACGGUCCCAUUGACCCCACUCUUGCCUGCUGGAGAAGCAUCAGUUCUGGCACCUCGCCCUUCCACUCUGCCAGGUGCUGCCUGUGGAGCAAAGGCUCACCUUUAGGGGGAGGAGAAAGCCUGCCCAACCUACCUCACCACGGUUUCUCACACUGCAAAGAGUCAUUACCUUGGGCAGUGCCGGCUACCUCCUCUGCUUCACUUCCCAUGAAUUCAAACUGUUGCCUCUUCCUGGGCAGGGAUGAUUCCUGACUCACAGAGGGUUGGCCUAGUAGGGCUGUGGUGCCCGUGUGUAAACUUGGGGAUGGCUGAGGGGGGCAUGGACUCAUUCUUCCACAUUCUCCAGUUGGCCCAGCCUGCUGCCCAGUAGCCAGCCAUGCCAGGCUCACCACCUGUUCUGAGCCCCAGGGCUGUUGUAGGGCAGGCUGGGCCUCCUCCCAGACUUGCCUUAUCCUGGGCUGACCUUCGUCCCUGGGACUUACUACUGGACUCCACUGACUCCUAAAAAAAAUAAAACA